CUGGAAGGCAUUCUGGGUAAUUCGCUGUUUACUUCCUGCGGCUGAGGAAUCUGUGGCCCAGUUCUUUGCUGUGCUUUUGUCGGAGAGGAUGGCCCUGGAGACGGUGCCGAAGGAUCUGCGGCAUCUGCGGGCUUGUUUGCUGUGUUCGCUGGUCAAGACUAUAGACCAGUUUGAAUAUGAUGGUUGUGACAAUUGCGAUGCAUAUCUUCAGAUGAAGGGUAACCGGGAGAUGGUAUAUGACUGCACCAGCUCUUCCUUUGAUGGAAUCAUUGCAAUGAUGAGUCCAGAGGACAGUUGGGUCUCGAAGUGGCAGCGAGUCAGUAACUUUAAGCCGGGUGUGUAUGCCGUGUCGGUCACUGGUCGCCUUCCCCAAGGAAUCGUGCGAGAGCUGAAAAGUCGAGGAGUGGCCUACAAAUCCAGAGACACGGCUAUAAAGACCUAGCAAGAUACACGGCUGCCAACAUCUUUGCUCCCCGCCUCCUGCAUCUGCUUAUUUUUUGUUAUGGAACUAAAUGGACAGAACUUCAGAGACUUUCCCCCUCCAACUCUGAGACUCAGCAGACUGUUGAGUCCCUGAGCCAUUUUACCUUUGGACUGCUGGUGGUCGGGUGGUUUGAGCUGGUGGAUUAACAGAGACUGACUUGAAUGGGGGGUAGGAGACCUGUUUUUUGCCCUUACCCAUGAGUAAGACUCUGGGUCAGAUGCCAAUAAACAUGAACCCCUAGGAAAGUUCUUAAACCCA